GCGCGGUGGCUGCUGGGAGUGCGUGUGUCUCUUUAAGACGCUCCUGGUUCUGGCCCGAUCAGCAUCCUGCAGCACAAACAGCCUCACCUCUCCAUCUCUGCGGUGGAUCCAGAAACAACAGAAGGACUGAAUCUGACCGGACCGGACCGUGACACUAUGACAGAAACCAGUAAGACGCACGUGAUCCUUCUGUCCUGCGGGAGCUUCAACCCGGUCACUAAGGGACACAUCCAUAUGUUCGAAAAAGCCAGAGAGUUUCUGCACAAAACAGGAAGAUUCAUUGUGAUCGGAGGCAUCAUCUCACCAGUUCACGACUCCUAUGGAAAACCUGGCCUGGUGUCCAGCCGACAUCGUCUCACCAUGUGUCAGCUGGCCGUCCAGUCAUCUGAUUGGAUCAGAGUGGACCCCUGGGAGUGUUACCAGGACACCUGGCAGACCACCUGCAGCGUGUUGGAGCAUCACCGCGACCUCAUGAAGAGAGUCACCGGCUGCAUCCUGUCCAACGUCAACACGCCGUCUACCACUCCUGUGAUUGGUCAGCCUCAGAACCAGACUCCGCCCAUCUACCAGAACCAUAGCACCAUCAACAACAAACACACAAACAUCACGGCCAUCAAACUUUGGGGGAAAAUCGGUGAGAGUUUGGGUAAAAUCUGCUGCGUUCGUCCUCAGAUGGAACGUUUCACGUUUGUUGAUGAAAACGCCAACCUGGGCACCGCCAUGAGAUACGAGGAGAUCGAGUUACGCAUCCUUCUCCUGUGUGGCAGUGACCUCCUGGAGUCCUUCUGCAUCCCUGGCCUCUGGAAGGACAGUGAUAUGGAGGUUAUUGUUGGAGACUUUGGGAUCGUGGUGGUUCCUCGAGACGGAGUCGACACUGAGAGGAUCAUGAAUCACUCGUCAAUCCUACGCAAAUACAAGGACAAUAUCGUCACGGUGAAGGAUGCAACAAACCACCCGAUGUCCAUUGUCAGCUCCACAAAGAGCAGACUGGCUCUGCAGCACGGUGACGGCCACGUCGUGGACUACCUGAGUCAGCCCGUCAUUGACUACAUCCUUCAGAGCCAGCUGUACAUCAACGCCUCUGGAUAAACCUGCUACAUGAAAACACCCAGAACAAAGAUGGUAGGGGGAGGGGCUUCUACAACCAUCUACUUUAUACCCCCCCCCCCCCCCCCAAAAAAAAAAGAACUGAAACUUCCUCGUCCGUCUUCAGACUUAUACUCUUCUUUGAUCUGUGCCUCCUGUCUGUGUCAUGUGACCCUACCUUUGUUGGGGUGGGUGGGAGGGGCUUCAUGUGUAAACAGGUGCAUGGUCAGCAGCAGAGCAUGCUCAGGGCUAGGCUGGGCAGAACCUGAUCCAGAUGUUAGCACAUGGAUCCUUACCAAGUCUCAUAGUUUAAACAGGAGUUUGGUUUCUAUCAGGUGACCCGGUUCUGAUCCGGUUCUGGAUUCAUGUUGGAUGUUAAUUAUUAUUGUGAGAUUUUAACAGAACAGGUUUGUUGGUCAGAAACUUUCACUUUCACUCAAGAACCUGGCCUGAACACACACACACACACACACACACACACGCACAGAUAUUCCUCAAAUCUCACUUUGUUUUGAACCUGAACUUUAUCAGUUUGAGCCUGGUGAGUCAUGUUACCAUGGCAACAUGGGAUGGUGAUGGUGAGGAGCCAACUGAACUGGACCCUCUGUUUCUCCUCCUGCAUGCUUUCUUCUGCUGGUUAGGUUCUGGCAUUAAUGUUUUCACUCAAGAUUAUUAUGGUCUGUCGUGGACAUGUCUGGAAAAUUAUUAUAAAUAACAUUUAGCUUCAGUGAAGAUCGUUUCCACGGCGACACACGUUUGUAUUAGCUCUGUAAACGAGCCGAUGUCAUCUGCUUGUGUUUAUCUCCAUGUGUGUGUGGGGGGGGUGGGGGGGGGGGGGGGGGUUGAUUACACGUAGCUGAACCUGUUUCUGUAUUAAUCCGCUGUUUCUGUUGCACGAACUUCUGAGUGUGAAAUUAUUUAUUGUGACUUGUUUGUGAGAUUUUGUCAUCACAGCUGUUUACAGAUCAGAUUUAGAUCUGAUCAAAGACUUAAAGAUGAACAAAACUGACCUGAGAUCAGAGCAGCAGAAGGAUGUAAGAUGACAAUAAGCCUGGAAGUGAAUCCAGUCUUUAAUAUUUCUGAUCCGAUUCUUUAUUUCGGAUCACCUGCUCCCCCUGCUGGAUAAACACAGUAGCUCCUCUAGUGAAUCAUCACGGUCAGACUGAAACAAAUACAUUUUAUUUGAGUCAGAGGAGUAAAGCAGAUUAAUUUUAUUUUAUUUUUCAUCUGCAGCAGAACAAAAGCAGAUCAGAUCAUUUGAAAAUAAAAUUUGCUUUUAAAUCUCAAAAUUAGACAAGUCCUGAAAUAUGAAGAAAUAAAAAUGUAGGAAAGGUUUUUAUUUUCAGUCACACAUAGAAAACUACAUAUCUGCUGUUUGACCCUGAUGGUAAACAAUCAAAUACAUUUGCAGACACAACCAGCUCCAUCAACAUGGCCACGCUUUUAUUUUAAAAUCUGACUCGUAAAUGUUUGUUUUACCAGCAUUUAUUUGUAUUUAUUAUCCAAUAAAUAUCAAAAAUUUCA